AUGGAAGUAGAACGAGCUGUACUAGGUACUGUGGACUACAUCAUCUUCGCUGUCAUGCUGUUGGUCUCUGCUGGUAUUGGAGUGUUCUUCCGAUUCUCCGGUGGUAAGCAAAAGACUACGGAGGAAUACCUCUUAGCUGGAAAGGACAUGGCCAUUUUGCCAGUGGCUUUCUCUCUCAUGGCUUCCUUUCUAUCAGCAAUCACUGUGAUUGGAAUUCCAUCAGAGAUGUAUCAAUUUGGAAUACAUAUGGCUUAUAUGAACAUUGGUUUUACCAUUGGUACUCUAUUAUCAUCAUAUAUCUUCCUACCAGUAUUCUUUGAAAUGCAAACUUCAACUGCAUACGAGUAUUUGGAAAGAAGGUUCGGGAAACUGACUCGAACUCUUAGUUCUUUAGCCUUCGUUCUUCAAAUGAUUCUUUACAUGUCUGUUGUACUCUACGCCCCAGCUUUGGCUUUGAGUGCUGUUACAAAUUUAUCCACUUGGGUGUCUGUGAUAUCUAUUGGUGUCGUUUGUACGUUUUAUUGUACUAUGGGUGGUAUGAAAGCAGUUUUGUGGACAGAUGUCUUUCAAGCUAUUCUAAUGUUCCUGGGCAUUUUUGCCGUUCUCAUUAAAGGUUUGAUCGAUGUCGGAGGCAUUGCAAAUGUUUUUCGAAUUGCAAAUGAUGGAGGAAGGCUUGUUGUUCCAGGGUUUGAAGUUAAUCCAGAAGUUCGUUAUACAAUGUGGAAUAUCCUCAUGCAAGGUUUGAUUCUUUCCAUGUCUGCGUUUGGAGGAAAUCAAGUGCAAAUACAAAGAAUGUUGACUGUAAAAAAUGUUUCGCGAGCCAGAACUGCACUUUUUGUGAGCAUUCCAAUGGGCUGUUCCUUCCAUUUACUGAAUUGUUUGGCCGGAAUCGUCGUGUAUGCGUAUUUUUCCAACUGUGAUCCCAUGACAUCACCAAAUAAACCAAUAUCUUCAGGAGAUCAGCUGCUUCCAUUCUUCAUGGCCUCUGCUCUGAGCCAGUAUCCUGGUCUCGCUGGCUUGUGCAUUUGUGGAAUUUUCAGCGCGUCUUUAAGCACAGUUUCAUCGGCUGUAAAUUCACUGACGGCAGUAACAAUGCAGGAUCUUGUUCGACCCCUUUUCGUUGCCAAAGGAGUCUCCGAAAAGAAGACAGCGUUCAGUGCAAAAGCGAUAACGCUCUUUUAUGGCCUGCUGUGCGUCUCUUUAACAUUUUUAGUAGCUACGUUUGGAAAUCUUGUUCAAGCUUCUCUGACCAUGUUCGGGCUUUUAGGAGGACCCGUUUUGGCUAUAUUUUUCUUAGGAAUGAUGACAGAGAGGUCCAACCAAAAGGGUGCCAUUGUUGGCCUAAUAGUUUCUAUAGCUUUCACGGCUUGGAUUAGUUUCGGAGCAUCUGCCAAUGCUCCAUCUCCGGAAAAAUUACCAGUGUCUAUAGAAGGAUGCACUUCCGGUGAACUGAUGAACUCAACAAUGUUGCCAUAUACUACCCUAGCAUUAUUUAACAGUACGGACGAAAGUCUUAUCUCUAGUUCAUCGCUCCUCAGCAAUACGACGAUUUCAUCAUCCGAAUCUUCAAACGAAUAUCUUUUUCCUCUGUACAGAAUAUCUUACAUGUGGUUUGCACCUAUCGGUUUCCUUUCUUGUGUUAUAGUUGGAUACGUAUCCAGUAUCAUUUUUAGUAUUAUCUCAGGUUUAACAGAAGAUGUGCCUCGAGAAUAUUUAAGUCCCGUUCUCAAGUUUUUCUUAAGUGAUAAAAAAGAAUUUUGCAAGAAGAACGAAGUAAAAAUAUCGGGUCCAAUAGAGCUGGAAAUAGUGAAUGGCAUAUCUAAUGGAUCUCACAAGUUAAAGGAAAAAGAAACUAUUUGA